AUGGAAACGGUGGUUCAUAACCUAGCGGUCAUAUUUGGGUGUGUUACUCUGAUACCGGCAUUAUUAUUCGUGUCUGCUGUUGGCUGUCUUCAAGGGGUAGGUUUUGCCAGAUUUUUGUUAAUUGUGGAGAUUAUUUCCUUUAAAAAUCUCAAGAUCAGCUCAAAAGGUUAAUAUAGAUUGCUUGUAGUAGACAUAGUACAAACCCAAAGUUUUAAAGAUGAUAAAAUUUGAGAAAAAAGGCUAGUCAAAGGCUGUCGGAUGGAGUUGUCAGAGUAUAAUAAUCAUAUUUUCAGUUUUAAUUUUUGGAAUUUUAGAAAAAGUCAGGGAAAAAGACAGAAGUGGCAUUCGUAGACAUGGCAGAUCCAGAUGGUGACACUUUACAUGAGGUUAAAACGGAAGAGCAAUUCAAUAUGGAAGCUAAGAAGAAGUGA